AUGCCGGAGGGCCCAUCAGUGAGGAAGUUCCAGCAGCUGACCUCCCCUUUUGUAGGACAAGUGGUGGCCAAGGUGGGGGGAAGCAGCCGGAAGAUCAAUGUGAAUGACCUGAAUGCCCUGAGGCUCCAGGACUCCCAGGUUCAUGGGAAAAACUUGUACCUGGCAUUUGUGGCCGCUGAAGGUUCCUUAGGACCAACUGCAGAAGAGACAGUGCUGCAAAGAGAGGCUGCUAGUGGGGCAAGUUCUCCUGCCCAGGGUGAGCAAGAGCAGUUUUGUGCUCCACAGACACAUCCCCAGGCCAGCUGGCUGCCCUUCCACUUCGGCUUGUUUGGCAGCGUUCGGGCAAAUGAGUUCUCAAGAGCGAACAAAGCCAAUAAGAGGGGGGACUGGAAGGACCCCAUACCCAGGCUGGUUCUGCACUUUGAGAGCGAAGGCUUCCUUGUUUUCUACAACUGCCGAAUGCACUGGUGCUCCUCUCCGAGGGCUGAUCCUGCUUCCGACAUCCUCUCUGUGGAGUUCCACCGUGGCCGGGCACUGGAUGCCCUCCGUGCACCCGAUCCCGUCUGCUACACCCUCUUAGACCAAAGAUAUUUUUCAGGGCUGGGGAACAUCAUUAAGAAUGAGAUCUUGUACCUGGCCAAGAUCCAUCCGUUAACACGAGGCUCUCUCUUGGCACUCUCGGAUCUGGAGCAUCUGCUCGACUGUGCCGUUGAGUUCAGCUCUGCCUGGCUGCACAGCAAGCUGCACGGCAAACGCCUGCACCCUCAGAUCUACCAGAAGGAGCAGUGUCCCCUCGGGCAUGCAGUGGUGAAGGGAACCCUGGGACCUUCAGGUGGCUUUAAGAGACUUACGUGGUGGUGUCCUCAGUGCCAGCCUCUGGUGCUGUCAGGGGACGGGGAUGCUUCCCCGGUCAUCGAGUGA